UUCGAUGUCCAAAAACCAUGAAAAUCACUCAUUUGGAACAUAGAUCUGUCAUGGCGAAGUUACGGUGAUCAUGUGGAAAAUAGAAAUUUUAGUGGCCUUCUCUGUGUUUACUCUCAUUUGUGGAUUUAGACCUCCUAACUCCACACUUGUAGAGGAAGCCAGAAGAAGGAUGACCAGGUUUAAAUGUGCUUGUACAGAUCACUAUUGUCCAAUAGGGCAAAACUAUUGUGAAUCUUCAAUCGAUGUUGGGUGUUUUGUAAUGGCUGACCAUUCCAACGACAUACUAAUUGUCAGACGAGGCUGUGGACAUGACCAAGAGAAACAGAAUAUGAACUGUCAAGGUCGUAGGGAUGACAACUGGAGUUCAAAGCAUGUUGCCAUGGAGUGCUGCACAGAAGAAAUGUGUAAUGAAAAAAUUAUACCAGCUGUUCUACCAGUUCUGCACGAUAAACCAGUUGCCAAAGAAGAGCAGGUAUUUAACUACAUGGUUGUAUUAGCAAUAAUUGUACCAGUGAUAGUACUGGUAAUCUCCCUUGCCAUAGCAUGGUACUUCUUUAGGAAUCUGAGAAAGAAUCGGCAGGAAAGUACGGAGAACUUAAGGGUUAGAGAAGAACUAUUACCAGAGGAAUAUGGAAUCAGAGCUACGCAAGUUGGAGAUAGCACUCUAAAGGAGAUAUUGGAUGACUCCUGUACAUCUGGAAGUGGAUCAGGGUUACCAUUCCUGGUACAGAGAACUAUAGCCAGACAAGUCACGCUGUUAGAAUGUAUAGGAAAAGGAAGAUAUGGUGAAGUGUGGCGAGGAAAUUAUUACGGAGAAAGUCUAGCCGUUAAGAUUUUUUCCUCACGUGAUGAAGCUAGCUGGGCACGAGAGACUGAAAUCUAUAAUACUUGUCUUCUUAGGCAUGACAAUAUUCUCGGAUAUUAUGCGUCAGACAUGACGAGCAGAAACUCAUGUACUCAAUUGUGGCUGAUUAUGCAGUACCAUGAACAUGGAUCAUUGUACGAUUACCUUCAGAGAAAUGUGCUCAAUUACGAGUCCAUGUUGCUAUUGGCAACAUCGGCAGCUGCAGGUCUUGUUCAUCUUCAUACGGAAAUAGUUGGUAACCAAGGGAAACCUGCUAUCGCACAUAGAGAUAUCAAAUCUAAAAAUAUUCUCGUUAAAUUAGACGGGACUUGUUGUAUUGGGGACUUAGGUCUAGCAGUGACUCAUUCGCAAGAGAAUAAUAAAAUAGACCUUGGUCGUAAUAAUAAAGUCGGGACCAAACGUUACAUGGCCCCAGAACUUUUAGAUGAAACUUUAAAUGUGUAUUAUUUUGAUUCAUUUAAAUCAGUGGAUGUUUACGCAUUUGGUCUGGUUCUGUGGGAAAUUACCAGACGUUGUUACACAAAUGGAAUGAUAGAAGAUUACAAACCUCCAUUCUGGGAUGUUGUACCUACUGAUCCUUCCUUUGAAGAUAUGAAGAAAGUUGUAGUCAUUGAUCAACAGAGACCAGCAAUUCCAAACAGAUGGAGUUAUGAUCCAACUUUAAAACAGAUGACGAUAUUAAUAAGAGAAUGUUGGGCACAGAAUCCCAAAUCUCGUUUAACAAUGUUACGUGUGAAAAAGACACUAAACAGUAUUACACAAAGACCCAAAAAAGAAAAAUUAGACGAUUGUUCUGAUUGUAACCAUAACUGAUGAUGAUUGUUUUUAUUUUAUGAAUUCGUAUGCUUUCACAACAUUUAUUAAAAAGAUGGAAUAUAGUUUUGUAGUUAUUAAGAUCAAAAAAAGAAAAAAUUAGACGAUUGUUCUGACUUUAACCAUAACUGAUGAUGAUUGAUUUUAUGAAUUUGGUAUAUUUUCACAAGUUUUAAAAGAUGGAAUAUAGUUUUGUAGUUGUUGUCCAGCAAAAUAGAAAGAUUAAUUUCUCAACAUUUUAUGUGGAUUUAGCAGACGUACAAUGAAAAACAAAAUCCGUGUAAAAUGAAAAACAAAAUCCACGUAAAAUGAAAAACAAAAUCCAUGGAAACUCAUUUUUGUAACUUCAUGUAUUUUUUAUUUUCAAUAUGAAACUGAUCUCAGAUAAUAUUGCUGUACCUAAGAAUUGAAGGUUGGUGUACAUGUCAUAGCAUACACAUUACUGUAAAUUGAGAAAUUAUUGUGUGUAUUUAUGAAUGUCAUUGUUGAGUAGUGGCCAAAAUUAGGUCAAUGAUCAUUGCAAUUCAAAGAAAUUUGCAUACCAACAGUACUAUCAAAAUUAAAAAUGCCUUUUUUUUUCUUUGAAAAAUGUUGAAAAAUUUGAAAUUUUGAAAGUAUUGUAAAAAUUCUGAAUUGAGAUAAUUUUCUACUGCAUUGUUUACUAAGAAUUUACAAAUUAAUGGAAGACAUCCAUAGUAACAAUUUUAUGUCAUGGGGUUUGUAUAAAAAAGAAAAUGGUUAUGGUAUUGGUACUUUUACGAUUGUUGAAUAUUUGAGAUAAAUAAAAUCAUUCAGUUAAAGCCAUGGCUCCAUGUGGAAAUAUGUAAGAAAAAAGUCAAAAAGAAAUUCAAAAUCUGAUUCAAAAAUAAUGUUUAGUCUUGUACCUCAUAUUUCAUUUGUUCUUUAGUACCAAGUACUGUAAAUUCAGAAAUUAUUGUGAGGUUUUUAUUCUAGUGAAAAUUGUGACAGAGUUGUAAACGCAAUAAUUUAAACUCACAUUUCAAAAUAUUUUAUUUGAAUUAAGCAUGAUUUUCCCCAAAAUCGUAAAAAUCAAAAUCGCAUUUAAGUCUAAGAUGACAAAAUCGCAAUAAAAAAUGCACACAAUAAUUUCUGAAUUUACAGUACUUAUAUUCAUUUUCACACUCUUUUCAUUUUCAUCAACUUGAACAAAUAAGUUUCAAAGAACCAUCUAAACAGAUUUUUAUGAAUAGAGAAGUUUUAUAUCAUACAUUUUCAAUUUUAUACCACUGCAUAUCUGGAUUUUUUGUAUCUUAUUUACUUUAUAUAAAUGAAUAAAACGGAAAAUUAAAUUUACUCAGGGUUGUAACUUAGACUGUUUCUAAGGACAUGUACUGACGACAGAUGUAAAUCAGUGUCAUCAUAAAUCAUUCAAUCCUUUUGUUUAAAUUUAAUAAUGAGAAAUUCCUAUUAAGGCUAUACUUAUCUUGAUAUAAAACAAGUAUACAUCUCAGAACUCAUGUUUAAAGAAAGCUAAGUUAUGUCAAAGUUUCAUAGAACACUUUUUGUGAGAACCCCUUUCAUUAAUUUUACCACUGAUGUUAUUAAACUUGUUGUAUAAUUAGAAUGUUCAUCAUGUGUUGCAUUUGAUUUUUUUAAAUCUCUUGAUUAAGCCAAAAAAAUAAUACAUGUGGGUCUGCUAACCCAACCUACCUAAUUUUUAAGGACUACCCUUACACUUUUAUGCUAAUUUAAAAAAAAAGCUCUGUUAAAGUCAGACCAAUUCUCAAGAAGUAAUCAACUAAAAAUCUUUGUAAAUUAAAAUAAUAUUGCCUACCUACCUUCCCUAGUUUUUCCAGCACGUUAACGGAAACACAUGUUUUAUUUUUUUGGCCUCAAUUUGACAGUCAGUUGUUACAUUGUAUAAAGCAAUCUCAUUGUAAAGAUAAUCAUCGUUCAUAUGUCAUUUGUAUUGUACAGUUGGAAUUUGUAUUUUAUGACAAUAAUUUAUUGAGAUAUCUUGUAUAAUAAAAUGUAAUAAAUUUGA